AUGGACCUGUCCUCCUGGUCUGUAGAUGAACCUCCCUCCUCCCCUCCCUCCUCCCCUCCCUCCCCCCUCACCCCCCUCCCUCCUCCACAGAUUCCUCAGAGCUUCUCUAUGGGCUGCAGAGGUGGUGGCCGGGAAGCGAUCUGGCUCACACCCCAGGUGAAUGGAAAACAAGUGAGGAUGGAACUGGAUACCGGCUCUGCAGUGUCAGUGAUGGCGCACAGUGACUUUGUGCAGUACUUUGGAGACCAGAAGCUGAACUCGUCAUCUGUCCUCCUAAAGACAUAUACUGGAGAGAAAAUCAAGCCCCUCGGCGUAUUGCCGGUGGAGGUGGCGCCAAACACCACCGACAAGUCCACAGAGGUCAAAUUGGAGACAGUCUUGGUGGCUGCAACGCCUGUAUUCCAAGAUGGAAUUGGGACAUUAAAAAACAUAAAGGGCAAAAUUGUUCUUCAAGACGGGGCCAUUCCACGUUUCCACAAAGCACGGCCAGUUCCGUACGCCAUACAACAGAAGGUGGAAGCGGAGCUGGACCGCCUAGAGGCCGACGGAAUCCUGUCUAAAGUUGACUGGAGCCCAUGGGCCACACCCAUUGUCCCAGUAGCAAAGAAGUCAGGGGCAGUGAGGGUGUGUGGGGACUUCAAAAUCACAAUCAAUCCUGUGCUACAAGCAGAACAAUAUCCACUUCCCAGGAUCGAGGACAUUUUUGCAAACCUGGCUGGUGGAAAGCGGUUCACCAAGGUGGACCUGGCGGAGGCCUAUCUACAGAUGGAGAUAGAGGAAGACUCGAAGAUGUUCCUGACCAUCAAUACUCUGAAGGGCUUGUACCGCUACAACAGGUUAGUGUUCGGAGUGGCCUCAGCCCCGGCUAUCUGGCAGCGUGCUAUGGAUCAGGUGUUGCAGGGGAUUCCAGGUACACAGUGUUACUUAGAUGAUAUAAUUGUGACUGGGGCCAACGAUAACGAACACCUGGAGAACCUCCAUAAGGUCUUACAGAGACUUCAAGAUUACGGACUCCGGGCUAGACGUGACAAGUGUGAGUUUUUCAAACCAUGUAUCACAUACUGCGGCCACACCAUUGAUGCACAGGGUUUGCAUAAAUGCAAAGAAAAGAUCAAUGCCGUCAUGAAGGCUCCUCAGCCACAGGAUGUACAGCAACUGAGAUCGUUCCUUGGAUUCAUCAACUACUACCACCGGUUCAUGCCUAACCUGUCUACAGUGCUCCAUCCUCUGAACGAACUACUCCAGGCAGAACGGAAAUGGAAAUGGACCAAGGAAUGCGAACAGGCCUUCCAGGAAGUGAAAAGGCUGGUGACAUCAGAGACAGUGCUCACACACUACGACCCGUCCUUGCCUGUGAAGUUGGCAUGCGACGCGUCACCGUAUGGUAUAGGGGCCGUUAUGUCACAUGUCAUGCGGGACGGCACUGAGAGACCAAUAGCGUUUGCCUCCCGCUCCCUGUCCUCGGCUGAGAAAAAUUACUCCCAAAUAGACAAGGAGGCACUGGGCCUGGUCUGGGGCGUAAAACGAUUUAACCAGUACUUAUACGGCAGGGAGUUCACCCUCGUGACCGAUCAUCAACCACUGGUCUCAAUAUUCAACCCCCAUAAGGCUAUCCCCAUGACCGCAGCGGCACGCAUGCAGCGUUGGGCCCUGUUCCUGGGAGGGCAUCGGUACAAGAUUGAAUUCAAGAGCACACUAAAUCACGCCAAUGCAGACGGGUUGUCUCGGUUGCCACUCGACACCGCAACAGGCACAAAAGGAGACAAAGAAUCAGUGGCGAUGUUCACGCUCAUGCAGAUCGAAAGCCUCCCAGUGACAGCGGAGAUGAUUGAGAGAGAGACCCGGAAAGAUGCGACUCUCUCACAAGUGUACAAAGCAACGCAGACAGGCUGGGCAGCUAGUGAAAGGUCUUUCCUCGCUCCAUAUUUCCAACGCCGGGAUGAGCUUGCUAUUGACUCUGGGUGCCUUAUGUGGGGAAUGAGGAUCAUCAUACCCACCAAGCAGAAGUUAGCCAACGUCCUGUUUGCCUACCGUAACGCCACUCAUGCUACUACUAACCGAACCCCUGCCAUACUGUUCCUGGGACGGGGGCUGCGCUCAAGACUGGACCUGCUAAAGCCGAACCUGCGACGGACGGUAAUGGAUCGUCAGAUCAAGCAGGGUAAAGGGACUCACACCCAGGUAGCAAGGACACUCGGGCCAACUCUGGCUUAG